UCUCUCUCUCUCUCUCUCCCCCUCUUAGUCUGAACAUUCAGGAAAAUGGCAGAAGCCAGUAUUUCAGGAGAUCAGGACCGGUUCAUCUGUCCAGUCUGUCUACAUCUGCCGAAUGAUCCAGUGACCGUUCCCUGUGGACACAGUUUCUGUAUGGUGUGCAUUAAUGGCUGCUGGGAUCAGGAGGAUCAGAGGGGGGUCUACAGCUGCCCCCAGUGCAGAGAGACUUUCACUCCAAGGCCUGUUCUACGCAGAAACUACUUCAUAGCUGAAAUGUUGGAGAAACUGAAGAAGAUAGAAGGUCAAGCUACUUCUCCUGCUGGACCUGGAGAUGUGGAGUGUGAUUUCUGCACUGGGAGAAAACUCAAAGCUGUCAAAUCCUGUGUGAUGUGUCUGGCCUCCUUUUGUGAAGAUCAUCUUAAACCUCACUAUGAAGUUCCUGGUUUGAAAAAGCACAAGCUGGUCAAGGCAUCCAAUCAGCUACAAGAGAAGAUCUGCUCUCAACACGACAAACUGAUCGAGAUCUACUGCCGCACCGACCAGAGCUGUAUCUGCUAUUUGUGUACGAUGCAUGAACACAAAGGUCACGAUACAGUUGCAGCUGUAGCAGAAAGAAUACAGAAACAGACUGAGCUAAAUGAGCUACAGAGAGGGUUUCAGCAGAGACUCCAGGAGAAGGAGAAGAAGCUGCAGGAGCUAAAGGAAGCUGUGAACACUAUUAAGCGCUCUGCUCAGGCAGCACUGGAGGACAAUGAGAAGAUCUUCCUUGAGUUGAUCCGCUCCAUCGAGAAGAAGCGCUCUGAGGUAACGGAGCUGAUCAGAGCUCAGGAGAAGGCUGAACUGAGUAAAACUAAUGAACUGCUGAAGAUCCUGGAGCAGGAGAUCGCUGAUCUAAAGAGGAGAGACACUGAGGUGGAGCAGCUUUCACAAACUGAGGAUCACAUCCGUUUCCUCCAGAGUUUCCAGACUCUCUGUGUCUCUGCUGGAUCAAAGAAAUUUCCAUUUUCCCAAUUUUUCUCUGACUUGAGAAGUAACCUAGAGAAAUUGAAAGCAUUCACUGAACAGGCUGCUGCGUUUCGAAAUUUACCAUCAGAGCCAAAGACCAGAAUACAAUUUCUGCAGUGCUGGCAUCAGCUGACUCUGGAUCCCAACACAGUAUAUCAUUCCCUCGGCCUGUCUAUGGACAACAGAAAGGUGUGGUGGAGAGGGGGAUUAUACCGUCACUCUGAGCAUCCGGAGAGAUUUGAUUCCACACCUCAGGUGUUGUGUAAGGAGAGUCUGAGUGGACGCUGUUACUGGGAAGUCGAGUUGAACGGAGGGGAAUUGGGAGUGUUAAUAUCAGUCUCAUAUAAAGGAAUCAAAAGGAGAGGACGGGGUAACGAGUGUGUGUUUGGAUAUAAUGAUCAGUCCUGGAGUCUGUGGUGUCCUUCCUCUCCGUCUCUCCAACACAAUAACGUUAAGACUCUAAUCUCAGGUCAGUCACCCUCCAGAAUAGGAGUGUAUGUGGAUCACAGUGCAGGAAUUCUGUCCUUCUACAGCGUCUCUGACACAAUGACCCUCCUACACACCGUCCACACCACAUUCACUCAGCCUCUCUAUGCUGGGUUCUGGGUUUAUCUGGGAUCAUCAGUUAACCUGUGUGACCCAGCCAAAUAAAGAGCAAAACAGGAUCAUUACA